AUGUCAUCUCCUCGGCAGGUUUACCUGCUGCCUUUGAAAGACGAUGGAUCUCCUGAUGUGCCUGGAGGAUACAUCUACCUCCCAGCACCCACUGAGCCUGCCUACCUGCUUCGCUUCGUGAUUGAGGGAAGCAGUUCCAUCUGCAGAGAAGGAACGCUAUGGGUGAACAUCCCUGAGAGCGGCAAGGAGUUUGAUCGCUCGGUUUACCGAAGCUUUAGAUUGAAGCCCGAUUUCAACAAGAAUAUCCAAAUAGAUAUCCCCGUGACUUUGCCUGGAUCUUUUUCGUUCUAUACCACCUUUUCUCCGCUGCCUGAAUUCUCUGUUGACCCUGUUCCAACGCCCGAACCCACGAGAACACCCACUCACUACAUCGAUGUCGCACCGAGAUUGACGCUCCAUGGGAAAGAUCUGCCUCUCAAUGCCCUCUCGAUAUUCUCCGUACUUUCCAAAUUCAUGGGGAAAUAUCCCACGGAUUGGGAUAGACACUUGAAUGGCAUCAGUCAACGCAAUUACAACAUGGUGCAUUUCACGCCCUUGAUGAAACGCGGAGCUUCGAAUUCCCCCUACAGCAUUUACGAUCAGUUGCAUUUUGACGAGGGCUCAUUCCCAAAUGGCGAGGCAGAUGUGGCAGAAAUGGUCUCGAAGAUGGAGAAGGAAUAUGGACUUCUAUCAUUGACCGAUGUUGUCUGGAACCAUACCGCGCAUAACAGCAAGUGGCUGGAGGCACACCCGGAAGCCGGUUAUAGUGUGGAGACUGCCCCGUGGCUCGAGGCAGCCCUCGAACUCGACACUGCUUUGUUGGAAUUCGGCCGAGAGCUCAAGAAGCACGGUCUCCCUACUGAGUUCAAGUUUGAGGAUGAUCUGUUGAGAGUGAUGACCGCACUGCGAGAGAAGGUCGUCAGUGGUAUACAGCUCUGGCAGUACUAUGUCGUGGACGUGAAAGCCGAUACGAGAAAGAUCGUGGAGCAGUGGCAAGCUGGCGAUCCAACAGGCGCUGCAGCCAGCAAAUAUGCCCAUGUGAAGGUCAAUGAAUUUGCCGACUUGUCUUUAAAGCAGCAAGCAGACCUGAUCCGAAAGCACGCAAUUCCUACUGCCAAGCAGGUAUUGGGACGCUUUAGUCGCGCAGUCGACCCUGCGUUUGGCUUGUUAAUUUUGAAUGUCCUGCGCGGAAAGUUCGACUCGCUGAGCUCUGACAUUGACAAUCCCGAGAAGACUAUAUCAGCCAUCCUUGAUGAGGUCAACCUGCCUUUCUAUGAGGAGUACAAUGCAGAUGUCGCGGAAAUCAUGAACCAACUUUUCAAUCGUAUCAAAUACGUCAGAAUCGAUGACCAUGGCCCGAAACUUGGUCCGGUCACAGAGGAGAACCCUCUCAUCGAAUCCUACUUCACCAGAUUGCCUCUGAACGAUGUCACCAAGAAGCACAGUCCCAAAGCACUAGCUCUCGUCAACAACGGCUGGAUCUGGAACGCUGAUGCCAUGCGCGAUAACGCCGGCCCUGGUUCGAAGGCGUACCUGCGUCGCGAGGUGAUUGUCUGGGGCGAUUGUGUGAAACUCAGAUAUGGAUCCUCCCCCGACGACAAUCCCUUUCUCUGGGAAUAUAUGGCAAAGUACACCCGCCUCAUGGCCAAAUAUUUCGCCGGUUUCCGCAUUGACAACUGCCAUUCUACACCGUUGGUGGUCGCAGAAUACCUGCUGGACGAAGCCCGCAAAGUUCGACCCAAUCUUACAGUCUUUGCCGAGCUUUUCACUGGCUCUGAAGAAGCCGAUUAUGUCUUCGUCAAGCGUCUUGGCAUCAAUUCUCUCAUCCGUGAGGCCAUGCAAGCAUGGAGUACUGGAGAGUUAAGUCGCUUGGUCCACCGUCAUGGUGGUCGUCCUAUAGGAAGCUUCGACGUUGAGUUGCCUUCGGCAGGCAGCAGUCAUGCGAUUGCUUCAGCUGACGUUGACCAAAAAGAAAAGAUUUCUCACAUUCGGCCUUCCCCUGUUCAAGCACUAUUCAUGGAUUGCACUCAUGAUAACGAAACCCCAGCGCAGAAACGGGAUGCACGAGACACAUUACCUAACGCUGCUCUGGUUGCAUUGUGUGCUUCUGCUAUUGGAAGUGUGAUGGGCUAUGAUGAGAUAUACCCUAAACUUGUGGACCUUGUCCACGACAAGCGAGUCUAUUUCUCUGAGUUCUCUGAAUCCGCUGAGGUGAAGCGUGACUCUGUGACAGGAGGAAUCGGAGGUGUCAAGAAACUCCUGAAUGAGCUUCACACGAUGAUGGGAGUGGAGGGAUAUGAUGAAACUCAUAUUCAUCAUGACGGAGAAUACAUAACCGUCCACCGAGUACAUCCAAAGACGCGAAAGGGCAUCUUCUUGAUUGCGCACACUGCAUUCCCUGGCCAGUGCAGCAAUGCUAUCUUGGCUCCAACUCAUCUUGUUGGGACUCAAGCCAAACAUAUUGGAACCUGGCUGUUGGAAGUGGAUGCGAGCGACAGCACCAAGGCGGAGACGCUGGCGGACAAGGAAUACCUGCGAGGACUGCCGAGUCGGAUUCACGAAUUCGAGGGCACAAAGGCAGAGCAACAGGGCGAUGAUACCGUGAUCUCCGUUCUCGAUACUUUCGUUCCAGGAUCAAUUGCUCUGUACGAAACAUCUAUUCCUAAGGCUGAGCAUGUGGCAGGAUUGGAAAACCAUCUCGGUCAGGGUGCAGAUGAAGCCUUCGCGGACCUCGAUCUGGUGGAUCUCAAUUUUGUCCUUUAUCGAUGCGAUGCUGAGGAACGGGAUUUAAGUGGGGGUCAAGACGGGGUGUACAACAUCCCCAACUACGGUCCAUUGGUUUAUGCUGGACUUCAGGGCUGGUGGAGCGUCCUGGAAGAUAUCAUCAAAAACAAUGCACUUGGUCAUCCUCUCUGCGAUCAUCUUCGGCAAGGUCAGUGGGCGCUCGAUUUCAUCGUGAAUCGAAUGGAAAAAGCGGCGAAGAAGGACGGCUAUACCUCUCUUGAGAAGCCCGCAAAAUGGCUGCAAGAGAAAUUUGCAGCUGUGCGCGAUCUUCCUAGUUUCCUGUUGCCAAGGUACUUCGGGAUCAUUGUCCAAGUUGCUUACAACGCUGCUUGGAAACGUGGCAUCCAGCUGCUUAGCCCCGAGAUCAAGCAGGGGCAAGAGUUCGUUCAUCAACUGGGCAUGGUCAGUGUUCAGCAAACCGGUUAUGUCAAAUCUGCAUCCUUGUGGCCAACAAAGAGUGUUCCCAGCCUUGCAGCUGGUCUUCCACAUUUCGCUGUGGAUUGGGCGAGAUGUUGGGGCCGCGAUAUUUUUAUCUCUCUCAGAGGCCUCUUCCUUUGCACUGGUCGAUUCGACGACGCCAAGGAGCAUAUCCUUGCGUUUGCUAGUGUUCUCAAGCACGGAAUGAUACCUAACCUCCUCAGUAGCGGUAAGCUGCCGCGGUACAAUUCUCGCGACUCUGUAUGGUUUUUCCUGCAAGCAAUCCAGGACUACGCAGAAAUGGCACCCAACGGCAUCGAGAUCCUGAAUGAGAAGGUUGCGAGGCGCUUUCUGCCGUAUGAUGACACCUGGUUUCCUUUUGAUGAUCCUAGAGCAUACUCGCAACAAUCGACGGUCGCAGAGGUUAUCCAAGAAGUGUUCCAGCGACAUGCACACGGGAUGUCAUUCCGGGAAUACAAUGCAGGCCCGGAGCUCGAUAUGCAAAUGAAACCCGAAGGCUUUCAGAUUGACAUCAAAGUGGAUUGGGAAACUGGUAUCAUAUUCGGCGGCAAUCAGAACAACUGUGGAACCUGGCAAGACAAGAUGGGAGAGAGCGAGAAAGCUGGAAACAAGGGCGUUCCUGGUACACCCCGAGACGGUGCUGCGAUCGAAAUCACUGGUCUUGCCUAUAGUGCUUUGAAGUGGGUCACCGGCCUGCAUGAACGGGGACUUUACCCUCACGGAAAGGUAGACCUCGGCGAGGGCACGUCCAUCACUUUCAAGGAUUGGGCUGCAAAGAUCAAGGAGAACUUUGAGCGCUGCUACUAUGUUCCAGAGAACCCCGAAGACGACAGCAAGUACGACGUCGAUCCCAGCAUCGUUAACCGCAGGGGCAUUUACAAGGAUCUCUAUAAGUCAGGAAAGCCAUACGAAGACUACCAGCUUCGUGGCAAUUUCCCAAUCGCCAUGACAGUGUCUCCGGACCUUUUCACUCCCUCGAAAGCACUGGGUACCCUGGCUCUUGCUGACUCAGUGAUCGUUGGACCUAUGGGCGUUGCUACGCUGGACCCGUCCGACCUGAACUACCACCCCGAUUACCACAACUCUGAGGAUUCGACCAACUUCGCAACCUCCAAGGGUAGAAAUUACCACCAAGGCCCUGAAUGGGUCUGGCAGCGGGGCUUCUUCCUCCGUGCUUUCUUGCAUUUUGAUCUUGUCCGCAGACAAACGGCCGAGGAACGAACGGAGGCAUACCAGCAAGUGACCCGACGCCUGGAGGGAUGCAAACGUGCUUUGAGAGAGAGUCCAUGGAGGGGUCUCACGGAGCUUACAAACAAGAACGGCGCUCACUGCGCGGACUCUUCACCCACACAGUCAUGGUCGGCAGGAUGCUUACUCGAUCUCUAUUAUGAUGCUUCCCGACAUGCCUCGAAGCAUUCUCAGACAUAA